CCCCGGGCAGCAUGAAGGCUGCUGCGGACGUCCGGGGCGCCGGGAGCCAGGGGCCGCGGAAGCGAGCGCUCUGCGUUCUCUGCGGUUUGCCCGCAGCAGGCAAAUCGACUUUGGCGCGCGCCCUCGGCCAGCGGCUGCGGCGGGAGCGCGGCUGGGCCGUGGGCGUCGUCUCCUACGACGACGUCAUGCCAGGCUUCCCCGCCGGGGCGGGCGCGCAGCCGUCGCCGCCGCGGUGGAGAUCGCUGCGCCGGGAGCUGCUGGGGCACCUGGAGCGCUUCCUGGGGGCGGUGGCGGGCGGCCGGCCGCUGUCCGCCCCGGCCGACGGCGCGGCCCUGUGGGCAGCGUUCGCCGCCUGCCUGGAGGCCCAGGGGCUCCUGCUGCCCGCGGCCCCGGACGCGCAGGCCCCGCGCCCGCUGACCGAGAGCGCCGUGGCCGGGCCGCUGCUGCUGCUGCUGGAUGACAACUUCUACUAUCGGAGCAUGCGAUACGAGGUCUACCAGCUGGCUCGGAAACACGCCCUGGGCUUUUGCCAGCUCUUCUUAGACUGCCCCCUCGAGACCUGCCUGCGGCGGAAUGGCCGGCGGCCGCAGGCCCUGCCGUCCGAGACGAUCCGCCUGAUGGAGACGAGGCUGGAAAGACCCGACCCUGGGAACCACGCCUGGGAGCGCCGCAGCCUCACCGUGGAAGGGCCAGCCUGCUCUGCCGAGGCCAGCCUGGAAGUGACUGAUUUAUUGCUUACUGCAUUGGAAAAUCCAGUAAAAUAUGUUGAGGAAAACAUGGAACAAAAGGAAGCAGACAGGAUUAUUUGUUCAGCUAAUGUCCUUCAUAGAGCUGAUCAGACACUACGGAGAAUUGUCUCUCUGACGAUGAAGGAAGCAAAAGAUGAACAAGUUCUUCCCUCCAGCAUGAAGCUUCUAGCAGAAGAACUUAACAAGCUCAAAGCAGAGUUUCUGGAAGACCUACGACAAGGAAACAAAAAAUACCUAUGCUUUCACCAAACCACUGACUUAUCAGAUGUCAUUUCUGAUUUUCAUUAUGAGAAAGAUAACAUUGUACAGAAGUAUUUCUCAAAGCCACAUUAAAUUUUCUGAAUUCCCAAUCAAAUGUCUGCUGUUGACAAAAUUUUUCAUUGGUUAAAGCAAUUUUGUAUACUGGGCAUUUUCUAGGCCAAUCAUGUCAAUUGGCAAAGAUCAUUCUUUAAAAAAGAAAAGCAGUCCACUCUAAAAGAUCCCAUUUUUCAUAACAGAAAUCACUCUGUCACUUGUCAGCUGUACGGAUGACGACGCGCGGGAAGCAGCCAUCCUCACUGAGGGCAGAACCCUGGGGGCAGGGCUGGGAGGACAGCAGCCACCUCAAAUGGAUCCUGACCAAAGAAGGGGGACCUGGACGGAGACAAGCUGCCGAUACUGGAGCUCAUUUGUAAUAGAUCUUUUCAUGGGAAAAGCAUUCUAGACAUUCAAGCCAGCAGGGCUAUAAAAUCUCUUAUUAACAUUGUACAUACUGGACAGUAAAUAAAAUAAAAAGGUCCUAAAUUAAAAAAAGAAAAAUCAAGGUCAUUAGAAAGUGUUA